UAGACUGUGAGAAGAAGGAUCGGUGGUAACGAGAAGCUGCUAAUCAGCAGGGUGUGUAGUAAUUGUGUCUGAAGGGGUGUUUGCUGGUUGAUCAGGACGGGUAACUUCACGUCACACCCUGAGAAGCAGGGAAAAGGGGCUGGAGACUCGAGAACAAAACACACUGUUGACACCUGCCACAAAUAUGCAUGACAACACGCCUGCAGCACACUUUACAUCGACACGCAAACACCUGCACAUUGUGUGUGUGUCAGUCAAAUGAGAGGAUUUACUGUCCUUCAUCUUCAUAACCACAGACGCUUGAUUUCAGAACACUGCCGUCUGGAUUCACAUCUAUAACUCAACAUGAGCACACAGACCAAAUCCGACAGCGGCAAGAAGAGAGCCGUCCUGAAAGACAACAGCUGGAUCAGAAGAAACCCAGAGGAGGACGAGCUCGUCGAUUAUGAUCCUAACCCUGGUAAAGUUGUUCUGGGUCAGCGGAAAUCAGGGAAUGAUGUUGACAGCAAACCGCUGGAGGACGAUCAAACCUCAGUGAACUCUGGGACGUCCGUCAGCUCCUUAACCAAGAGAUUCGGUGGCAGUCAGGAGAUGCUCAACAAAAGCAGCACGAACACUAAGAGCGGAGCCGUCUCCAUCUCAUCGCCCUCCAAACCUCCGCUCCCUGUCAAGAAUCCGGCGCUCAAGACUCCCAACAGCUCCAGCUUCACAGCGAGGGUGUUCUCCGGAGCAAACACCAGCAGCAAACCGUCAAGUCCUGUUAAACGAGCGUUUGGUGAGAAGCUUCCGGAGGUCACAGCGUCUCAGAAUACUGACGGAAUUGCUAAGAGCAGCAGCGACGGAGCGGCUCCAUCGACUCCUCCGUCGUCUGUGACCGUCUCGUCGUCAGCAGCUCCUGCAGCCAUGUCCACCGGUGUGAAGAGCCCAGUGAUCCAGCCCGCCGUGAAGAGCCCAAGCAGGAGUGAAAGCGUGUCCGUCUCAUCGCUGGUGUCCACGUCCUCAACACCGUCGGCUCAAACCGUCAUCACAAACACCAAAACAUCCUCCUCGAUGCUGGAAGAGACUCCAAAACCUGCAGAGAAACCCUCGGUGGACCUGAAGCUCAGUGACAUCAGUUAUUCUUCAGCUCGCUCUCCGUCGUCUCCACCGGCUGUGACUCUGAACACGCGCUACAGCUAUCAGACUCCCAGCGCUCCGCUGGACGAUCUUGCUGACACUUUAUUGCCGACCCGUUCUGGAAGCGUUCAGCCUCAACCUGUCCGAUCACAAACACAAGUCACGACUGUUUAUUCAGAGAUUCCUGCUGCAUCACCGACUCUGCGCUCGCCUCUGCAGACACUGGAGUCCAGCAGGACGGUCAGCAGCCGGGAUGUUUGUACGGUCUGUGGGAAACCCAUCGCUGGAUCAGAGAGGAUGAUUCUGGAAGAUCUGAAGAUCAUCAGCCACGCGUCAUGCUUCAGGUGCGCAGUGUGUCGCUGUGAUCUCGGCGGUCUGGAGGCGGGAAAGUCUCUCUGGGUCUAUCGGGAGCGAGUGAACUGCGCAAACUGCUUCAGUAAAAUCAGAGGUCAGUGGUAUAUUUGAGACAAACGGGCAUCAAUCUACAUGGAGACACUGAAUAUUAAUAAAGACAAUAAUUCAACACAACUGAUCUUAUAAAUUACAGUUGAUUAAGAUGUAAAAUGGCAUAAGGAUAUGAGGCAUGCUUUAUAUUAUAUUCCUGAGGAAAAUGUUUACAGGAUUUAUAUGGUAAUGCUUUCUUGAGGUUGUUAAUGGGCAAAGCUUUGAUAAUUUAUGAGAAUAUAUACUCAAAUAUGCAAAUGCAAUCUGUUCUUUUAAAUUCAUUUGAGUGUAGCUGACAUUGAUGUUCAACUGAAAACAUGAUACGCACAUAAUAAAACUAUUCUGAUU